AUGGUGAAGCUAAAACAAGCUAUUGACCAUGCCUUAGAAAGAUGUCCAGGUAGGUAUGACUCUAUGAUACUGAGGAGGCUUUGGAAACAUGGAGAUAUAGUAGAAGAAGAAGAUUUUGCAGAGGUUAGUGCUGUUCCUCUCUUACAAGUUAAUACUACUCUGGAUUCAGAGAUAUGCCACACAAGCCUGUUCUACCGCCCAAGCCCAGAUGGAAAUUUGACCAUCUUAAGGACUAAUCAGGCAGAAGUUCCUAUUGGGUGUCACUAUCCUAGGUGGGGCAAUGUAAGUAGCAGAGCUAUCCAGCCUACAUGGGUCCCCUUCAGGACCACCAUAGCCUCUGAAGAGAAGCUCAGCUUCUCUCUUUGUCUGAUGAAUGAUAACUGGACUUCUGAGAGUACCUCAGCUGAGUUCCAGCUGGGUGACAUAGCCCAUCUCUAGGCAAAAGUCCACACAGGCAGCCAUGUGUCCCUGAGGCUCUUUGAUGACAUCUGUGUGGCCACCCUUAGCCCAGACAAGGACUCAGAGCCCCGUUACAGUAUCAUUGACCACCAUGGGUGCCUGGUAGAUGGUCUUUCUGACUCCUCUUCAGUCUUCAGAAUCCCCAGACCUAACCCAAACACUCUCCAGUUCACAGUGGACUUGUUCCACUUUGACAGUGAUCCUCAGAAACUGAUUUAUAUUAUGUAUCAUCUGAUGGUCACUCUCAUUGACCAAGAGCCAGACCAAACAAACAAGGCCUGUUCUUUCAACAAGUCCACUAGUAGCUGGUUUCCAGUAGAAGGCCCUUCUGACAUCUGCAGAUGCUGUAAUAUCAAAGACUGCGGAAUUCCAAACCAGUCCAGGAGACUACUUUCUGUUGACAGGAUCUCUGCAAAGCCCUGGAAGAGAACAGCUCCCCUCCAGCAGCUGCAAGUGAGGGAAGCUGAUGUCACUGCCGGGGCCCAUGUUCUUGGCAGUGAAUGUCAAUCACCACACCCCACUGGAGCCCAACCCGGAUUUCAUGGAAAAGAACACAGCCUUUGGCCUGAGCCUGUCUCUGAUUGAUCUUGUGUUUCUUGCCAUAGUCAUGCUGGCCCUGGUCCU